AUGUGUUUUCGCUUAGUCGCAACUCAAGAAAACACUGAAGUGACAAUAUUUAUGCAAAAAAUUGCUAACAAUUCUAAAGAAUUUCUUCAUCAAUGUUAUCGAUAUCAAUCGAUCGGUAUUUGCAACGCCAUCAAGUCUAGAAUUACAUUAAACAAUGUAAUUGAAUCACGUGAUGAUUGA